AAUAAAUGACAGUGACAUUUAGACGUAUCAUAUUUUUAUUUACGACGUUUGACGUGAAAAGCGAGCGAAAACAUAAAUAUUUGGUCCUGAAAUUUAUAAAAAAUCAGGAAUAUUCUGAUUGAAAACAUAAAUCGUACAGAAUGCCAUCAAUGAAAGUAGAGGGUGACAGUGACGGGGAUGGGGAUAUGUCUGGUGGUGAUACUGAAAGGUCCAAUGGCUCUUCCCGGCCUGAUCGCGAUUCCAGUGCUGAAGAGGCUGAUGAGCCUGACUCCGAUGACUCCUCAGAGAUGGAUGAGAGCGAAUGUGAACGCAGGAGGAACGAGUGCUUGGACAACUUGACAAAUCUAGAACGUCAGUUCACAGUACUGAGAGAACAGCUCUUUAAUGAACGGAUGAAGCAUGUCGAAUACCAGCUGUCGGAGGUGAGGGUCGGCAGGUCACAGGAGUACCUCAUACCGCUGGCACAGCUGCAAGAAAAUAUGAAAGUCAGAAUGGAAGUGGCCGGUAUCCUGAAGAAGAUGAGGAUAGAAAACAUCAAGCACAAGUACGACGCGGAGGAGAUAGCGGCGCACCAGCACUUCAAGAGCGAGAAAUGGCUGGCGUACGAGAAUCUUAAAGAGGAGAUAUUAGAGAAGAUUCGUAAAAUAGAAGAAGAGAGGCACGCAGUGGACCUGUGGUCGUGCGGGGCUGAUUGGGGCAGGAAGAGACGGAGACGGCAGGUAGCAGUGUCACCGCCAUACGUGGUGUAUAUGUUACCCGACGCCGACAUCAUGGAAGACUGGCGGCUGGUUAGGAAACUCUUAGAAAGAAACGAUUGACGUUCCCACGAUGAUAACGUGUCACACUUCCACGACAACAAAUCUAAAUAACAACACGUUUUUCAGAUUUCAUUCGCCUCUUCUACAUAUAUAUUUGACAUUUUACACGAUUUCUUGAUCGUUUCCUUCCCCGUGACGACGCGAGACUAAAUGAGAUCGACCUUCAAAAGUCCCUGUAGAAUUUUAAACAGCAAGACGUUAUGACAUGAAAUUGGUUAAACGUAUUUUAUUUAUACGAUACAGCUGAUUGAGGAGGUGGACUAAUCACCAGAUACAUUCCCGGUAACAUAAACUGGGAUAAAUUGUCACUCAAAUACAAUUCACACUUAAAACUAAGACCCUGUUAACGUACGAGUGUCUUAGGAUUCAGAGCUGUUAAUUGAAUAUUAAGUUAAAAAUCCUAAUACAAGGGGACCUCUUAAUUGUAUAGUUUUCUUUCGUGUAUAAAAUUAUGAGAAUAUCUUUUCUUUUUGUGCGGUCUUUCGAAAGAAAUAAAGAGUAUUUUUUUUUUGUAAACAUAUUUAUUUUCGCAUGUCUUAACAAGUGUUUUAAUCGCUUUAUCAAACGAUCUUAGUUUUUUCAAUAUUUCAUUGCUUUAACUUAAAUAAUAAAACUCUUUUGUAUAAAAUCGUCGUCCUUCAUCGAGUUUAAUGUAAGUAUAUUAUAGUGUAUUUAUUACGAGCUGUACAUACAGGUUUUAAAGUGAUUCAAAAGUUAAUUUUAACUUCGAAGGUUCAAGUAAAGACGUCUUCUAAGUUUUUACUUCAUUAACAUUUUCCAUUAAUUGGAACGAUUAAGUCCAAAUUUCUUUUAGUUUUAAUUGAAUUCAAUAAAUGUUUAUAUUACA